AUAGAGAGAAGAAAUGGCACAGGCGAGUAAAGAGCCCUGUAAGAAACAGGCUUGCGAUAUUCAAGCUUGUCUUUCCAAGAACAAUUUCCUUCCUCAAAGGUGUGUAAAAGUGAUUGAAGCAUUGAAAUAUUGUUGUGAGCAAUGUGAAUACAAGUCAACACAUUGUGCUUCUCUGUCUGGGCUGCUAAAGCAAAUACAGAAAAAAUAGAGUUUGAUGGCUACAGUUGGCUUCAGACUUCAGAUAACACCAUAUCCUGGUUGUGUUCUUCGUGGCAGAGGAGGAGCCAACGUGAGUUG